CCAUUGCCAAGACACCUCUUCCUCCAUUGCUCUCAAUCUCCACAUCUUCCGCUUCUCUUUGAUCUUCUCCACUCCCACUACCUCACUGUUGAUCUCAAGAUCCACCAUGUUUUCAGCUAAACCUCCAAUCUCUACCCCUCCACCACUGCCUCUGCCUUCGUUUCCGCCACUUUCAAGCUCUCCAAUUGCAUCACAACCAGAACACAGCUCCCCUUGUUGGCCCGCCGCCGUCGCACCACUGCUAGCCGCACUGUCCGGGCUGUGAUUAGCCGGGACGAGAAGGGCGUCGGGACUGCCAUUGUUGUGGGUGAUAGUGAUUCUCUUGCUUUGUCGCCGAAGGAUGAAUUGGAUGUCAGGGUGGUUCUGACAUACGAAAAAAGAUGAAGGAAAAGCUGGUGGAGAAGAUCGAGGAUCAAUGGGAGUCUUUUGUUAAUGGCAUCGGCUGCGGGAUCGUUGUUCAGCUCGUCAGUGAGGAGAUCGACCCUGAUCCAACAGCAGAGGGUAGGGUAGAGAAGCCUCAUCCUAUAUAUGUCCCUCGCGAUGAGGCAUUUGAGGAAGUCAAGCAGACCACAUUUUCUUCUGGAGCUUUAAGAGCAUUACUUCACAAUCUGAUACCAGCCCUAAAAGCUGUACUUUCUAAAACUGACAAACAGUUCGAGUGCUUCUCUGACAUCGACCAGCUAUACAAAGUCGGGGUACUACUCCAACGUGAUGAACCUAAAGCAACCACCAAGCUUUUGCUCCCAUCAAUACUGUCAAGUAUCAUGAAUAUCGGUGAAAGAUUUCUAAAAUAUGAGGUUCCAUCUAUCAUAUCGAGGGACAGUUUUUCUUGGUUGCGGGACAAUGAAUUUGCCCGCCAGACUUUAGCUGGUGUAAACCCAGUUGAUAUUGAAAGACUGAGGGAGUUCCCUAUAAUUAGCAAGUUGGAUCCUGCAGUUUAUGGUCCUCCAGAGUCGGCAAUAACUAAGGAUUGUAUAGAGCAUGAUUUGAACGGAAUGAGCCUUGAAGAGGCGAUGGAGAAUGAUAGAUUGUUUAUUCUUGAUUAUCAUGAUCUCCUUCUUCCAUUUGUAAAAAAGAUCAACUCUUUGAAGGGGAGGAAAGUUUAUGCUUCAAGAACAAUAUUCUUCUGCACCAGAUUUGGCAGUCUUAGACCAAUCGCUAUUGAGCUUAGCUUGCCACCUACUGCUUCCAAUCCUCCUAAAAAAAGGGUAUAUACAAGAGGACAUGAUGCUACAAGUCAUUGGAUUUGGAAAUUGGCAAAAGCUUAUGUCUGUUCAGUUGAUGUUGGGGUCCAUCAACUAGUGAACCAUUGGUUGAGGACUCAUGCAUGUAUGGAGCCCUACAUAAUUGCUGCUCAAAGCAGCUUAGUUUCAUGCACCCAAUUUUCAAGCUGCUGCAUCCACAUAUGCGAUAGACAACGGAAAUCAACGCAUUGGCACGACAAAGUUUAAUAAAUGGUGGCGGCAU